AUGGGAGGACUUGGGGACCUGGCAGAGCUGGAGGCGGAGCUCAUCAAGAGAAAUCGCGAAAUCGCCAAGGUGCGGGAUGAUGUGCUGAAGCUCGAAAGGCGUUUGGACGAGUCGCGCAAGCGCAACGACGAUCUCCUGGAACGGGUGGCUGUUCUUGACUCCGAGGUAACAAAGAAAGAGCUUCUGCUCAAGGACUCUGAGCAGAAGGUAAGUGAUAUCACCCAAGAGAUGCAAGCCAAAGAUGCUGCAACAAAGAAGCUGGAGGAGGAGUUGCAAGAGCAGUUGGAGAGCGCGCGGCAGGAGCGAGAGGCAUCGCAAAAGAUCUUGGAGCUGACAGAGAAGGUUGCGGCACUGCAAGCCCAACUUGCAUCUGCAGCAGAACGUGGUGACGCUCUAGAGGCCAAGGCCAAGGAUGAGACGGAGCAGCUUCGUGCCGAAGUCGCAGCUGAGCGAGAAGGUCGAGCAACCGAUGCAUCGCGAGAGGCAGCGCAUGCAAAGCAGCUGCAGGCCACUAUCGACGAGCUGCAUGGUACCCUUGCGAGUCAAGUCGAAGCAACUUCCAAGCAGGAGCGAGAUGCCUCGGCCAAGUGUGACGAGCUCGUCGACAGGAUUGUAGCAUUGCAGAAAGAGAAUGCUGCCGCCGUUGAUCGGGCUGAUGCCCUGGAGGCCAAGGCCAAGGAUGAGAUGAAACAAGUCACAUCCCAACUCGAACAGCUUCGGUCACAAGUCGCGGCCGAGCAGGAAAGUCGCGCGGAAGAUGUUUCGAGAGCAACAGCAGAUGCAGAACAGCUGCAUGCCACCAUCAAAGAUCUGCAGGGGACCCUGGCGAGUCAGACAGAGGCAAGUUCCACCCAGGAGCGAGAGGCAUCGGAAAAGAUCUUGGAGCUGACAGAGAAGGUUGCGGCACUGCAAGCCCAACUUGCCUCUGCAGCAGAACGUGGUGACGCUCUAGAGGCCAAGGCCAAGGAUGAGACGGAGCAGCUUCGUGCCGAAGUCGCAGCUGAGCGAGAAGGUCGAGCAACCGAUGCAUCGCGAGAAGCAGCGCAUGCAAAGCAGCUGCAGGCCACUAUCGACGAGCUGCAUGGGACCCUUGCGAGUCAAGUCGAAGCAAGUUCCAAGCAGGAGCGAGAUGCCUCGGCCAAGUGUGACGAGCUCGUCGACAGGAUUGUAGCAUUGCAGAAAGAGAAUGCUGCCGCCGUUGAUCGGGCUGAUGCCCUGGAGGCCAAGGCCAAGGAUGAGAUGAAUCAAGUCACAUCCCAACUCGAACAGCUUCGGUCACAAGUCGCGGCCGAGCAGGAAAGUCGCGCGGAAGAUGUUUCGAGAGCAACAGCAGAUGCAGAACAGCUGCAUGCCACCAUCAAAGAUCUGCAGGGGACCCUGGCGAGUCAGACAGAGGCAAGUUCCACCCAGGAGCGAGAGGCGUCGGAAAAGAUCUUGGAGCUGACAGAGAAGGUUGCGGCACUGCAAGCCCAACUUGCCUCUGCAGCAGAGCGUGGUGACGCUCUAGAGGCCAAGGCCAAGGAUGAGACGGAGCAGCUUCGUGCCGAAGUCGCAGCUGAGCGAGAAGGUCGAGCAACCGAUGCAUCGCGAGAAGCAGCGCAUGCAAAGCAGCUGCAGGCCACUAUCGACGAGCUGCAUGGUACCCUUGCGAGUCAAGUCGAAGCAAGUUCCAAGCAGGAGCGAGAUGCCUCGGCCAAGUGUGACGAGCUCGUCGACAGGAUUGUAGCAUUGCAGAAAGAGAAUGCUGCCGCCGUUGAUCGGGCUGAUGCCCUGGAGGCCAAGGCCAAGGAUGAGAUGAAACAAGUCACAUCCCAACUCGAACAGCUUCGGUCCCAAGUCGCGGCCGAGCAGGAAAGUCGCGCGGAAGAUGUUUCGAGAGCAGCAGCAGAUGCAGAACAGCUGCAUGCCACCAUCAAAGAUCUGCAGGGGACCCUGGCGAGUCAGACAGAGGCAAGUUCCACCCAGGAGCGAGAGGCAUCGGAAAAGAUCUUGGAGCUGACAGAGAAGGUUGCGGCACUGCAAGCCCAACUUGCCUCUGCAGCAGAACGUGGUGACGCUCUAGAGGCCAAGGCCAAGGAUGAGACGGAGCAGCUUCGUGCCGAAGUCGCAGCUGAGCGAGAAGGUAGAGCAACAGAUGCAUCGCGAGAAACAGCGCAUGCAAAGCAGCUGCAGGCUACUAUCGACGAGCUGCAUGGGACCCUUGCGAGUCAAGUCGAAGCAAGUUCCAAGCAGGAGCGAGAUGCCUCGGCCAAGUGUGACGAGCUCGUCGACAGGAUUGUAGCAUUGCAGAAAGAGAAUGCUGCCGCCGUUGAUCGGGCUGAUGCCCUGGAGGCCAAGGCCAAGGAUGAGAUGAAACAAGUCACAUCCCAACUCGAACAGCUUCGGUCCCAAGUCGCGGCCGAGCAGGAAAGUCGCGCGGAAGAUGUUUCGAGAGCAGCAGCAGAUGCAGAACAGCUGCAUGCCACCAUCAAAGAUCUACAGGGGACCCUGGCGAGUCAGACAGAAGCAAGUUCCACCCAGGAGCGAGAGGCGUCGCAAAAGAUCUUGGAGCUGACAGAGAAGGUUGCGGCACUGCAAGCCCAACUUGCCUCUGCAGCAGAACGUGGUGACGCUCUAGAGGCCAAGGCCAAGGAUGAGACGGAGCAGCUUCGUGCCGAAGUCGCAGCUGAGCGAGAAGGUCGAGCAACUGAUGCAUCGCGAGAAGCAGCGCAUGCAAAGCAGCUGCAGGCCACUAUCGACGAGCUGCAUGGGACCCUUGCGAGUCAAGUCGAAGCAAGUUCCAAGCAGGAGCGAGAUGCCUCGGCCAAGUGUGACGAGCUCGUCGACAGGAUUGUAGCACUGCAAAAAGAGAAUGCUGCCGCCGUUGAUCGGGCUGAUGCCCUGGAGGCCAAGGCCAAGGAUGAGAUGAAUCACGUCACAUCCCAACUCGAACAGCUUCGGUCACAAGUCGCGGCCGAGCAGGAAAGUCGCGCGGAAGAUGUUUCGAGAGCAACAGCAGAUGCAGAACAGCUGCAUGCCACCAUCAAAGAUCUGCAGGGGACCCUGGCGAGUCAGACAGAGGCAAGUUCCACCCAGGAGCGAGAGGCAUCGGAAAAGAUCUUGGAGCUGACAGAGAAGGUUGCGGCACUGCAAGCCCAACUUGCCUCUGCAGCAGAACGUGGUGACGCUCUAGAGGCCAAGGCCAAGGAUGAGACGGAGCAGCUUCGUGCCGAAGUCGCAGCUGAGCGAGAAGGUAGAGCAACAGAUGCAUCGCGAGAAGCAGCGCAUGCAAAGCAGCUGCAGGCUACUAUCGACGAGCUGCAUGGGACCCUUGCGAGUCAAGUCGAAGCAAGUUCCAAGCAGGAGCGAGAUGCCUCGGCCAAGUGUGACGAGCUCGUCGACAGGAUUGUAGCAUUGCAGAAAGAGAAUGCUGCCGCAGUGGAUCGGGCUGAUGCCCUGGAGGCCAAGGCCAAGGAUGAGCGAGAUGCAGCGGCCAAAAUCCGAGAACUCGCGGAGAAGGCUGAAGCACUGCAGACGCAACUUGCGUCUGCAGUAGAACGAAGUCAUGCUUUGGAUGCCAAUGCCAAGGACGAGACAGAGCGGCUUCAGGCCGAAAUCGCGGCUGAGCGAGAAGGUCGAGCAGCAGAUGCAUCGAGAGAAGCGGCACAUGCGCAGCAAUUGCAGGCCACACUCCAAGAAGUGCAGGGGGCGCUUGCGAGUCAAGCGGAAGCAAGCUCGAGAAAAGAACAUGAGGCAUCGGCAAAGAUCCGGGAACUCACGCAGAAGAUUGAAAUACUACAAGCCCAACUUGCCGCGACAAUUGAAAGAGGGGAUGCUCUAGGGGCCAAGAGAAGCGAAGAGGUGGAGGGGCUGACCUUCGAAAUUCUGCAGCUUCGCAACGACCUUGCUGCCGAGCAGGAGCGCAGGGCAGACGGUGAACGUGCUGCCGAGACAGAGAGGCUCAAAACGGAGCAGGAGCUGAGAAAAGCAAAUGAUGAGCUCAAAGAUUUACGGGAUGCAGGUUCCAAAGCGGCCGAGAGGCACGCUGUGGAGCACAGGAGUGCCCUGGCCAGGAUCGAAGAGCUGCAGGCCCAGUACUUAUCAGAGAAGGAGAGAGGCGAUGCCUUGCAAUCUAGAGCCAAAGAUGAUGUGGACGCUGUCAUGUCGGAGCUGGACCAGCUCCGUGUUGAGCUCGUAUCAGAGCGCGGAGGCCGAGCAUCUGAUGUGGAACAGCUGAAUGCCACCAUCCAGCGUCUGCAGCAUGACCUGUCUCGUGGAGAAGUUGCGUUCAAAGAGGCCGCAGACAAGCUGGAGAAUCUCUCAGAGCAGCUGGAUGCAUGGAAAUCAAAGCAUGCCGAAGCCGUUGCUAAAGCACGCUCCACGUCCGAAGAAGCUGCCUUGGAGAAGGCUCAGCUGCUAGAGUCGCUGGAGCAGUGCCGAGCAGACUGUGCAGAGGCAGUGUCUCUGAAAGAAGCCGGAGCCAGUGAUGCAGCGCGAUUGUUGUCCGUCCAGGCCGAGCUGCAGCAGCAAGUCCAAAGCGAGAAGCAGCACCAUGCGCAAACUCGGGAGCAGCUGGAAAUCGCUCAUGGCGCCCACGAAGUCAUGAAGGCCAAGCUGGAAGAUCAGCUCGACGAAGAGCGGCGCCUCCAUGCUCAAACUCGUGAGCAGCUCGAGGUGGAGGUCGGCACGAGCUCCGUGGAGAAGGCUCAGCUGCAGCAGGAGCUAGAGGAGCAGCGACAGCUUCAUCUGCAAGCGAAGGAGCAGCUGCAGCAGGCGCACCUUGAGACAAAGGCAUCUCACGAAGAGGUGUGCUACCCCACUCACCGUGCGACGCAAGCGAGCGGCGUACGUUUGUCUUUGCUUGCGGAGGCAAGACGCAUCACGGAGCAGAUGCAGCAGGAACCUCAGCGGCGGGCCGGCGAGCUCCAGGCCGCUUGUGCUCAGUCUGCUGACGAGCUGCGGCAUACGCGCGAGUCUCAUGCGGCAUCUGAGGAGGCCUCCAUCCUGCAGCACGUUGAGGUCGCAAGGCAGCGGCUCGACGACGAGCUGCCCAAGCAGGAGGCAAGAAACAGCGAAAUGGAAAGAUGUGCGCAUGAAGCUGCGGCAAUGCGCAUCGAGGAGCUCAUGACGAAGCAGGCGGAUCUCAUCCUCGAGCGGCAGCGACUUCUCGGCGCCCUAGAGGAGUCACGCCGCGCCGUCCAGAAAAGCCUCGGUGUGCCCAACCCCGCGGCGGCGGUGGACAGCGCCAGAGUGGCUGGACUGGAACAGCAGCUGACGCUCGAGCGGAAGCGUCUCGUGGAGCAGGCCGUGGCCUUGCAACAAGCGGAACGGCGAGUCGCACAGCUUGAAUCGUUUCGGCAGCCAGGAGAGGCCAGGCAAGCGGGACAGAUACAACGAGAUCUUACUCAGGAGCUGCAGUCGAGCAACGCCCGGCGCAUUCAAGCGGAACUGCGCUUGCAUCAGGCGGAAGAGUCUGUCGCGAUGGCUGGUGAAGACCUGUGCGCCACGAAGAUCGACAUGAUCCGAUUGCGUGCAGCCUUGGAUGAACACCGACGGCUGCAGCAGUCGCAGUUCUUCAAUCUAAGCCGCGGCAACGGCUACCGCACUUGA